AUGGGGACACAGAAUUUGAUUCCUCUAGAUCUUUGGGAGUAUGGUGUACCAGAUACUACAACUGGUGCAUUAUCGAGCAUUGUUCGACUUGCCAUCAAUGCUGCAAAUUUUGAACUUAAGCCUCAAUUUAUCCAGUUCAUCUCCAACGAUUCAUUUGUAGGGUUACCCAAUGAAUGCCCUGUGAGUCACAUUGCUAGUUUCUUGGAGAAAUGCGACACAGUGAAAAUCAACAACGUGAGUGAGGAUGCUAUUCGACUACGCCUUUUUCCUUUGUCUCUUCGAGAUAGGGCAAAAGAGUGGUUGAGAGAUGAAGGUGUCGGAAUGUUUGAUACAUGGGGAAAACUUGCCAAAGCAUUCUUGGUGAAGUUUUUCGGGCAAGAAAAGACUGCGAAGCUGAGGAACGAGUUAGCAACCUUUGAGCAACAUGACGACGAAUCAUUGUAUGAAGCAUGGAGAAGGUUUCUACGUUUGCAAAGACAAUGUCCUCAUCACGGGAUUCCUGAAUGGAUGUUGAUACAGACUUUCUACAAUGGUUUGACACAUGAGUUUCGAAUCUACAUUGAUGCUGCUUCAGGCGGUUCCCUUAUGACUAAGAACCCAGCGGAAGCAAAGGAGUUGAUUGAGAAGAUGGCGGCCAAUGACAAUACCAUCCAAAUGGUCGCAAUCGUGCUAAGAAGGGAGGCACUAUCUCACAAGUUUGAUCGACUCCAAGCUGGUUCAUCUAUGAUGGUCUCAUGUCAGAUGUGUGGAGUACAAGGACAUGCUGCUACUGAAUGUCAAAUCAACAAUGAUGGGAUGACAAUUGAGCAAGCCAAUGCUCUUUAUAAUUCCAAUCCAAAGCAGCCAUAUGAUCCUUAUUCUAACACAUACAAUGAGGGAUGGAAGCACAAUCCUGCAUUCUCAUACAAGAACACUCAAGCACAACUCAAUCCAUCUCCUCCACCUCGCAACAACUUUAAUGCACCACCAGGUUUUCAAGCUAGAGCACCAUUCAAUCCUCAUGUCAAUCAAGGUGUUAAUCAGCAACCUCCUUCAAUUCAACAGAAGAGCAACUUGGAGAUUAUGAUGGAGAACCUUUUAGCCCAACAAACUAACUUCAUGGCCCAACAAGGUAAGCAAAAUGAGAAGACUGAUAACGCAAUUCAACAAAUUCAAGCUCAAAAUAAGCUCUUGGAAAGUCAAAUAAGCCAGCUUGCACAUCAGGUGGGCCAAUUAUCAAAAACUCCAGGUCAUUUUCCAGGUAAUAGUGAACAACCAUCUAAGGGUCAUAUCAAUGUUGUGAUUUUGAGGAACGGAAAAGAGCUACAAGAUCAUCCUUUGAAGGAGCCAUCAAAAAGAACUAUGGAAGAGAUGAUCGAGGAGAAUGCAACUGUUUCACUUACAGCUGAAUGUAGUGCUAUAUUGCAUAAUAAGCUUCCCAAGAAGCUAGGAGAUCCGGGUAGCUACUCUAUUCCUGUGAAGCUUGGAGAUAUUGAAAUAAAAAAGGCACUUUGUGAUCUUGGGGCAAGUGUUAGUCUGAUGCCUUUGUCAUUUUGCAAGAAGCUUCAAAUGGGUGAACCAAAACCCACACGUAUUUCCCUACAUUUAGCAGAUAGAACUGUAAAGUAUCCACUUGGUAUCCUUGAAGAUGUUCCCCUCCGUGUUGGGAAGUUUUUCAUUCCAUGUGACUUUGUAGUAAUGGAGAUGGAGGAAGAUGCGCAGGUCCCUAUCAUUCUUGGGAGACCCUUCCUGGCCACUGCUGGAGCCAUCAUUGACAUGAAGAAUGGAAAGAUUACCUUUGAAGUGGGUACUGAGAAGAUGGAGUACAAUCUCACGAACCCCAUGGAAGCUCCCUCUAUGGGAGAGACUAUCUAUAGAGUGGAUGCACUAGAUGAGACGAUUGAGGUAAAAGCUGCUAGUCUACAACUUGAUGAUUCCUCGCAAACUGUCCUCAUGGGAAGUGUUGAUGAAGAGGAUUGGGAAACUUUGGAGUCCAAGAGGCUCUUAGAGGAACUACAUUCAUUACCUAGUAUUGAGCCUAUCAAGGAGGUGUUGACACACGAAGAAUCUAAGGAGAGUACUAUGCUUCCUAAGGUAGAGUUAAAAGCUAAUGAAAACUCAAGGUUGUACAAAGAACGAAGGAAAAGGUGGCCUGACAAGCAUAUCAUGCGGCGAGAAUUUCAUGUAGGAGAGUUGGUUUUACUGUUCAAUUCUCGAUUGAAGCUAUUUCCUGGUUUUUCCGUAUGGCUCGGUUGA